AUGGAAGAAGGAGACUCAGCAAGCGGUGAUGGUGAUAUGCUUUUGUAUUCAUCCGGUUCAGAUGGUCUCACAGAUUCUUGGAUCUUAGAUUCGGUGUGCUCUUAUCAUAAGCCGCCCAACAAAGACUGGUUCACUACUUACAGGCAAGAUAAGCUGAUCCUUCAUGCCAUCCUUGCAUCCAUCUCCGAACUGGUUAUGUCGCUUAUUACUGCUUCAACCACUACUCAUGAUGUUUGGUCCAAGUUGCAACAAUUGUAUGUCAAUCGUUCAUUUUAUGAGCUUGAUGUGAUUGACUCUCCCAUCUCAGUGGAUGAAAUUACUUUGUAUGUCCUCAAUGGUCUUGGUCCUAAGUUACAUGAGAUUGCAGCACCUAUUCGAGCAUGUGAGACUUCUCUGACAUUUGAGGAGCUUCAUGACAUGCUAGUUAGCCACGAGAGCUACUUGAGACGUGUCGACGCUUCCAAUUCCACCUUGUUUGCCACUGUAAACACCACUCAGUGUUGCACUAAUGCUUCGCCAUUCAACCGCAACCAACAUUCCAACGCUAGUUCCUAUGGUCAACGUCGCCCCAAUUCUGGUCGUUAUAAUCGCAGAGAGUGGUCUAGUCAGCCCUAG